AUGUGUCAACUACAAAAUUUAAAUAAGAAGAUUAUAAAGAAAUUGGAAGAUGUAUCUCUACAGUUUUCGAAUAUACCUCAGGCAAACGCAGAAACAAUUCAUAUUCAGCGAUGCAUACAACGUAGAAAAAAAACGGCGUCUGGAAUUUUGGAUAUUUGUGAAGGAGCAGAUAAUGUGAUGGAUACAUUACCAACAAAAACAAAACAAGUCCUCACAAAUUUCAAAUUAAGCGAACAAGAAUUUCCAAAGGACGUGAAAACCAUGUUAGAUGAAUUUAUUAAUAUCUAUGAUCCACAAAAUUCCAAUUCUGACCCUGCUCUCGCUGGACCUAUAACGUUUCCACAAAAUGAAUCUAAUUUAAGUAUACGCAGAACGUUAUUAACAACAUUCGACCUGUUAGAAGGAUUGAGAAAUUGUUGGAAUUUAACGCCAUCUUUAACUGAAGGCGAAUAUAGUGAAACGUCUUAUACAAUACAUUCAGUCUCUAGGAUAAUUGAUCCGAUAUUUAAUUAUUACAAUUUGAAACUUAAACGCUCGUGGGAACAGGUAUCUAAUUCAUCUCGGGAUCGGAAAGAAUCAAUGGGUUCUAUUCAUUAUGGAGAUAGACCAGACUUUCAGAUUCUGUUGAUUCUCGAUUCAAUUGAGUGGGAGUCAGUAUUUGCUGAAAUUUCACGAUUAGAUCCUCGUCCAGAUAAACAGGAUCAUGAUUGGAAAAAAUUAAAUCGUUUAUGUAAAGACGGAUUCGAUGCAAGAUUUAAUGAAUUAUUCAAGGGGAAAGAUGUUGAAAAUAAUGAAACAAAAUGUCUUAUUAACGAACUUCAUCAAUUCCCUUUCAUAGGAAUUCAAGUAAUAGAUAAUCGUAUCUUAGUAUUUGGGAUCGAUUACUAUAAUAAUUCUUUUUAUCGAUCCUUUAAAAUCUGUGAAUUUUACAUUCCUUUAACAAUUUCCAAUUAUCAAGUCGUAGAAAAUUUUUUGAAAAGUUCGUUGAAAGUGAAAUAUUAUUUAGAGGGAUUAUUUAAUGAUUUUGUACGAAUUAAAGAUAAAAUUGAUCGUUUACCCACUAUAGUUGAAGUAGUUGAAGAUGAAAAAUCACAAUCUUUUAUGUCAUUAUCCACAACAUAUUAA